GAGAAAAUAAAAGAGUGCAGUUAAUUAGAGAAAGAGAUCGCAUGCAACGGUAAGACAAUGAAUGCAUCCCAUAUGAUCACACAAAAGAAAAAGAGGGGAACGCAUCACCGGCCGACGCCCGACGCUAAUUAAUCAAACACAUUAUGCAAAUAGCCUUGACACUGAGUGCUGAAAAAUUUAUUAAUAAAAUACUUUAAAUAAAAUCAUUAUUAUUUACAAAAAAAAAAAAAUAGAAAAAUGGAGAUACUUAAAAUAUACGACAUUAUUGAAAUUUGCAAAUAUUUAAAUAGAUCAGAAAGAGUGGCAUUUAUUCAACAAUGUGAAGAAACUGGAGGAGAACUAUUAUUGACAGAACAUUUGGAUACAACAAUUACGGAAUUAAGCAGUGAUCAAAUAGAGUGGAUUUUAAGAUAUAAUAAAUAUGUAAUUGAUAAGCUAUCAAUUUGCGGAGACGUUAAUUUUGGUGUUAUUCUGAGUGCAAUAAGAGAGUGUGAAUUUUUAGAAGACAUAGUCUUAAUCGGAAGUGAUGUCACCGGGGAAGAAUUAAAGUGUUUAAUAAAUACUGUGAAAAAUUUAAAAAAAUUGGACAUUACUGCAAGCUACAGACUAGAAAAAGAUCAAUUAAUAUCGGCAAUAAAUUUGGGUACUAAUAUUACGAAUCUAAUAUUAUAUGAUGUGCCGGCAGUGGAUGACGAUGUGCUAAUAGCAUGUUCUCACAUUCAACACCUGGAUGUUGGAGGAACAGAAAUCACGGAUGAAGGAUUGAUAAUAUUCGCAAACAAUAAUCAAAAUCUGAAAUCGAUUGGUCUGGAGGAAACACGACGAAUCACAGGGGAGGCGGUUGAUAAUAUAGCAGAAAAAUUUGAGCAGAGACAACAGGCAGUCAUAUUUAAAAUUGACAGAGAUUUAAGUGGAUGGGUUAAGAACAAGGACCAGCACAAAAUCGUCAGCUUCGAGAUAAAUUGGCAAGAUUAGAAAAUAAGUUUUUUUUUUAUCUAAUAAACAAUUAAUUUUCUUUUUAUCAUAAAAUAUUUUUUUUUGGGAGAUAAAUAUAAAUAACCAAAUAAUAU